CUCUCUGCAGACUGUCGUUUCUCUCACUUCCAGAACACUCCGGACUCUCGGUUAAAGCUCAGUUAGAUUAUUGACUUUUGGCUGAAUCUCAAUCGACUGACUCUCAGAAAACUGUUCAGCAAACUUUCAGCAGACUCUCUGUAACCCUUCAACACCCUCUCAGGAUGGCGAACACAGCAGCAGAGCUGGCGAGGAGGAAGGCCCGGGAGGAGGACGGCAGCGGUUGUCGGGCCAACGCCGUCCCCUUCAACCAGCAGAAGUUUGAGCAGCUGCACAGCGAGUGUCUGCAGAACGGUUCGCUGUUCUGUGACCCGACCUUCCCCGCAGACUGGGACUCUCUGGGAUACAACCAGCUGGGACGCUACUCCUCCAAAACCAUUGGUGUGGAGUGGAAACGACCCACGGAGCUGUGUUCUGACCCUCAGUUUAUCGCUGAUGGAGCAAAGAGGACAGACAUCUGUCAGGGAGUGCUGGGUGACUGCUGGCUGCUGGCUGCCAUCGCCUCUCUGACUCUGGACCCUCAGAUCCUGAGCAGAGUGGUUCCUCCCGGACAGAGCUUCAGCUCGCAGUACGCCGGCAUCUUCCACUUCCAGCUGUGGCAGUAUGGGGACUGGGUGGAUGUGGUGGUUGACGACCGGCUGCCCACCAGAGACGGGAAGCUGCUGUUCGUUCACUCGGCAGAGGGCGGAGAGUUCUGGAGUGCGCUGCUGGAGAAAGCUUACGCCAAGGUGAACAGCUCGUACGAGGCUCUGACUGGAGGUUCGAGCAUCGAGGGUUUUGAGGAUUUCACCGGAGGAAUCUCAGAGAGCUAUGACCUAAACAAAGCUCCGCCCUUCCUGUUUAACAUCAUGAGGAAGGCUCUGAAACUCGGCUCACUGCUUGGCUGCUCCAUCAACAUUUCCAGCUCAUAUGAGACAGAGGCCAUCACCCGUCAGAAGCUGGUCAAAGGUCACGCCUACUCCAUCACUGCUGCACAGCAGGUUAAUCACUUUGGUUCUGUGGUGGAGCUGCUGAGGAUCAGGAAUCCCUGGGGUCAGGUGGAGUGGACCGGAGCCUGGAGUGACAAUUCGAAGGAGUGGGAUGGAGUUGAGCCGGAGGAGAAGCAGCAGCUGGACCAUUCUGCUGACGAUGGAGAGUUCUGGAUGUCCUACACUGAUUUCCUGUGUCAGUUUUCCCGCCUCGACAUCUGUAACCUGACACCAGACACGCUGACCAGCACCGACAUUGGACGCUGGAAUUAUGCUGAGUUUGAGGGCAUGUGGAGAGUUGGCUCCACCGCUGGAGGCUGCAGGAACUAUGCGGCCACGUUCUGCUCCAACCCUCAGUUCUUCAUCCGGCUGGAGGACGUGGACGACGACCCUCACGAUGGCGAGGAGGGCUGCACCGUCCUCAUCGGUCUGAUGCAGAAAGACGGUCGCAGGGAGAGACGCUUUGGACGAGACCUCAACACCAUUGGAUUUGCAAUCUACGAGGUUCCUGAUGAGGUGAGUUCAUCCAUCCAUCCUGAUGUUGGACACAACGAUGUGGAUCCUCACUUCAAACAUCUGUUUGUCCAGAUCUCUGGAAAUGACUCUGAGAUUUCAGCCUUUGAGCUCCAACAGAUUUUGGACAAAGUUGUUGCUCAGAGAUCUGACGUGAGGACGGACGGCUUCAGCCUUCAGACCUGCCGCAGCAUCAUCAGCCUGCUGGACAUGGACGGCAGCAGUAAACUGGGUCUGCUGGAGUUUCAUCGUCUCUGGAUGAAGAUCCAGAAAUACCUGGAGAUCUUUAAAAGUCACGACUCAGAUGGUUCUGGUACGAUGAGCAGUCAUGAGAUGAGAGCAGCUCUGGCUGAAGCUGGUUUCCAGGUGAACAGCGCAGUAAUUCAGGAGAUCGUCAGUCGAUACGCCGACAACAGUUAUGCCAUUGACUUUGACUGUUUCAUCAGCUGCCUGAUCCGACUGGAGCUGCUCUUCAAGAUGUUCAGAACUCUGGAUAAGAAGAACCAGGGGAAGAUCCAACUGGACUUGCAGCAGUGGCUGUGCCUCGCCAUCAACUGAGUGCCGCCGGCUCCAGGAGCAUGCUGGGAGUUUUCACCUGCAGCUGAUGUCCUAAUUAAAACUGUAACAGGAAGUCUGUUUCAAUGUUUUCAAAACUGUAUUCAUCGUUG